UUGAAUGCUUGGCUGAUUCGGAGCAUCCUGUGCAUUGUUUACAAAAUUUAUCGCAGUGAUCGCUGGCCCGCACUCGUACCAGCCAGUUGCACGAUGGAUUCUGCAAGCGGUCGGAAGCUUCUUGGAUUCCGGCAGAUUGCGCAGGAAAAGCUGCAGCAUGUAUUCUACUCCAUCCCGUCGGAGAAGGACCUGAUCAUCGAACCGGCGCUCAUUAAACCGCUGGAACAUGUGUGCGGUGCAUCCUGGCUUAGGAAGAAAGGCAUCGAUAAAAUAUUCAAGUUUGAUUCGAAAAAUCCCCCACCGAAGCGGAAACAGUUUGUGUACUUGAUCACCUCGAGCCUGCUUACGUUCAAGAGCGUGCUGGAUCAGAUCAGUGGCUACCAGAGCCAGACAAGCAGCAUGAUGGAACCGGACAUACGCAACAAGCAGUACCACGUGCUGGUGCUACCGUCGGUGCUGGCCAGCUUCGAGCAUCUGCUGGAGGAGGAGGGCCUCCACGGCAUCGUCGAGCUGUACAACUUUCAGUGGGAUUUUCUGCUGCUCGACGAAUCGCUGCUCAGCCUCGAGCUGCCGAACGUGUUUGCGGAUGUGUUUGUGCGCAAGGACACCACACCGCUCGGCUCGAUUGCGCAAAGCAUUCGCAUCUUCAAUCUCGUCAUGGGCAAGCCCCAUCUCGUGUUCAGCCUGGGGGAGAACGCGGAGAAAAUACUGCACAUGGUGCAGCGCAUGGAAGCGGCCAAGCGACCGAAUGUCGUGGGGAAGGAUAAUGCCGCCGGCAAGGUGGACCAGCCGGAGAAAGAGCCGGAGUAUUCGGCCAUGCUCAUACUCGACCGUGAUCGUGACUAUCCGGCCUGCCUGCUAACACCGGUCGUGUACUGUGGGCUGCUGCUGGAGAUACAGCCCCUCAACUCCGGCUCGCUGGCCGUCGAUGGUGAGUGCAACAAGAUCAAGAACGGCAAGCUGGCCUUUCUGCAGGAACAGGGCGCCGCUACGGCUUCGAAGCAGCAGGAAACGACUAGCUUGCGCAUGAGUGGCGCACAGGACAUGAUCUAUCUCGAGCACCGGUAUCGUCACUUUUCCGAAGUCAUCAGCCUGCUCAGCGCACAGGCGAAAGCGCUCGGCCUGGAGGGAAAGGCGUACACGCGCGAGAUGAAGCUGCACGAGAUGAAGGAGUACGUUACGCACAAGCUGCCGAAGGUGGCCGCCGCCAAGAAGGAGCUAUUCAAGCAUCUCCGGCUGUGCGAAACGAUCGUGGAGGAAAUAGGCGCCAACUUCGAGAAGCACCAAAUGAUCGAGGAAAGCAUCCUCACCAACACGAACCGCAAGCAAAUCAUGAACUACAUUCUCGAGCUGCUCAGCAGCGACGCGCAUCGGUACAAUACGCUGCGGCUAAUCUGUCUGUACCACGUCACGAUCGGGCUGACGGGCGAGGACAUGACAAGGCUCAUGACGGGCUACCUGAACGCAUUCGGGUACCGGCAUCUUAGCCUCUUUCACAGCCUCUUUCAAGCGCGUCUCUUCCCCGACACGACCAAUCUUAGCAAAACGAAGAUUCUGUCGCAAAUCUCCAUUCCCACGCUCAAGACACCGUUCCAGAUUGAGGCGAACAAGCUGAAACAGUUGCCGACGGACGCGAACGACACUGCGACGACUGCGACCACACCAACGACCGACCGAGACGGUGGCCUAACGGGCGGUGUGCAAUCGACGGGGGGAGGCAGUGUUGCUGCCGGUGGCAAAACAUGCCCCAGCUACGUCUUCAACGGCAAUUACAUUCCACUGGUGACGCAAUUGACCAACCUAAUCUUUGCUGCGUCCAGCUUCGACAAUCUCAACACCCGGCUGGGUCAUCUGGAGCGGCUGAAGGUUUCGGGACGCCUACUAACAGCCAGUGGACAACCGGGUGAUCAUACACAGUGUGCGCCACGAUCGAUCAAGGAACUGUCGGCGAGCAGUCACAAGGUGGCCCUGAAUCAGCUGCUCCCGUUCAAGGAGAAAACGAUGUUCAUCUUCAUCGUGGGUGGAAUUACGUACGCCGAGAUCGCUGCCUGCCAUCUGCUGGAGCGUACGAUCGGGGCUAAGAUUGUCCUGUCCUCCGAUCGGAUCAUUGCCGGGCACGAUCUUAUAGAAAGCGUUGUAAACUGUUAAUGGGUAGUGUGGGGGAUUUUCGGUUUUUGAGAGGGAAAAUACACAAGAAAGAAACCCUAAACACUUUGGUUAUGUACAACAAGUUAUUAUAUUUACCUAUAUUCUAGAGAAGUUGUUGUUGUGGUUUUUCGUGUUUGCACUAUGCACGGUGUUGCGCUGGAAAAGCCUUUGCCGUUGUUUUAUUUUGUUUUGUGUGUAAGGACAGCGUGAAAUGAAACAUUUGUUGAUCUAACUAUCUAACCUUUACUACCCCCGUGGGGGGGGGAGGUGUGGGAGAGUAACGGAAACCGGAAAUAUUACUCAACGAUUAAUGCUGCUUUUCAUUCAACCGUACGUCCGGGAUGCGUUUGAAACUUCUUGGCGAAUCUUGGUGUGUUGCCACGUGCUGUGACGCGUAUAUCAUUUAUAAUAAUAUUAUUAUUAUAAUUGUUGUUGUUGUUGCUAUCGCUAAAUGCCUAUCACUACAUUACUAUGCUUAUACUAUUAACUUUAUACUCAUGACGGUCAACAAUGCUUGGCAAAGGGAAUAAAUGAAAACAGAAACAUAUAGUGAAACACAGAUAUAAGUCAAUCGAAUCGUUUACGGUUCAGUUGUUUUUCACCUAGUAGAUAGAUACAUUAGAUAUUAUUAUUAUUACUAUUAUUAUUAUUAUUGUUAUCCCGCAAAACGUUCCAGAUGGAAUAUACGUUCUCCCCUAAUGUUUAGUGCCCACGACUCACGACGAUGCUGAUGAUAACACAAACAAACGCAAACGUUUGGUUGGGGUCUACGGUUCUAGAUUAGAUAUUGCAAUUUAAAAAAGACACAAACCAAAACAGCAACGUAAAAUUAACGGCAACAAAUGCGCUGUUCUCGUCUAUGUACCCCAAAUUGAAAUGGUGGGGUGUGGAGGACAUUAUCAAUGCGUGUUUGUUUUGUUUUGUUUCAAAAUUAAGCGGACACAAUACAAUAAAAUCUAAUUAAAUUGCACAUUAAACUGUCCUAAAGCUAGUAUAGUGCGCCCGGGCGCGCUCUCACUCACUCACUCACCCACUCUCCCGCUCUCUUUGCUCGUAUCGGUGAAUCUUAAAGGAAAAAAGAAGGAAAGCAAUCAUAAGCAUAAGAUCGAAA